CUUUAGAGAGCGUCUGAAAAAUGAGUGGCCGCGGAAAAACUGGAGGUAAAGCCAGAGCCAAGGCAAAGACCCGCUCCUCCCGUGCUGGGCUCCAGUUCCCAGUCGGCCGUGUCCACAGGCUGCUGCGCAAAGGAAACUAUGCGCAGCGUGUCGGUGCCGGCGCCCCCGUCUACCUGGCGGCUGUGCUGGAGUACCUGACCGCUGAGAUCCUGGAGUUGGCUGGAAACGCUGCCCGCGACAACAAGAAGACCCGUAUCAUCCCCCGUCACCUGCAGCUGGCUGUCCGCAACGACGAGGAGCUCAACAAGCUGCUGGGCGGAGUGACCAUCGCUCAGGGCGGCGUGCUGCCCAACAUCCAGGCUGUUCUGCUGCCCAAGAAGACCGAGAAGGCCGCCAAGGCCAAGUAAACCUGGACACUUUCUGGCUGCUGGAAACUGGCCCCCAAAACGGCUCUUUUAAGAGCCAUGCACUUCCCUCAUAAAGAACUCUGAUUCUCAUGUCGCGGAUGUAAAUAAUCAAUUACG